GUAGAGUGGUAGCAGUGGCUGCCGUAUUUUGUUCACAAAAUGAAGCUAACUAUAAAAAUACUAAAAGGAGAAGAGUACUCCGUUGAGACCACACAAGACUCCACCAUCCAGCAGAUCAAGGAAGAAAUCGAGAAAAAAAGCUCAAUACCAGUUGAACAUCAAAAGCUGCUGCUUGUAGGCAAAGCGCUAGCGGACGAAAAGACUGUCGCUUCGUACGGCAACAUUUCCGAUGGGACAAAACUAACGCUGGUGGUCAAGAAACCGGAUCCACUACGCGACGUCAUUUAUCGUCACUUCAAGCGCUACCUACAGGAGGAGCAAUCGCAACGAUUAACCACACGAUUUAUGGAUGAUUUUGAACAAAAGCUGAAUCAUCUCAGCUUGGAUGAUUUGGAAAAGAUCGCUACCGAAAUGUUAGCUAAAAAGGGACAAAAUGUCACUAUUGCUGACAAUCCAUAACCG